AGAUAGUGCGUUGCAUGAGAUACGCCAAAGUGCAAAGUGCCAUAAGAUGAGUUUUCUAGAGCUUUUGUUUAUUCUCCUGGUGCUGUACUAUGUCGUCUAUGUAUUGCUCUGGGUAGUGCUCGACUGCAAUGUGGCCUUGUGGUACAAAUCUCGAUUCGGGACCUCGCUCUCGACAAUGCGCGGACAGGUGGUAUGGAUAACAGGUGCUUCGAGCGGCAUUGGACACGCGUUGGCGGUUAGUUUGGCACGCCAUGGAGUACGUCUGGUGCUCAGCGCGCGCCGUGUUGAGCAGCUGGAGCAGGUCCAAGCUGAAUGCUUGGCCGCGGCGCGUGGCCUUUUGGCGCAAAGGGAUGUGCUGAUACUUCCAAUGGACAUGUUGCAGCUGGACAAGCACCAAGCACACUUGAACACAGUUCUCAAUCACUUCGAGCGUCUGGAUGUGCUGGUUAACAAUGCAGGUCGCUCGCAGCGUGCAAAUUGGACGGAAAUCGAGAUCCAGGUGGAUCGUGAUCUCUUCGAGCUGGACGUUUUUUCAGUUGUGCAUCUGUCCCGCAUAGUUGUGCGCUACUUUCUAGAGCAGAACGGCGGCCGAGGCCACAUUGCAGCCACCUCCAGCAUAGCCGGCUUCAGCCCGGUGCCUUUCUCAGCAACAUACUGCGCCGCGAAGCACGCCUUGAAUGCCUAUCUGUAUGCGCUGAAAGUUGAGCACCGCAAACUGGAUGUUACUAUAUUUGCACCAGGACCCAUUGCCACAGACUUUUUGCUUGAGGCAUUCACAGGCUCCGAAGGUGGCAAGGUUGGCUUGAGCACGGUCAACCAGAAGCGCCUAACUGCGGAACGCUGUGGAGAGCUGUUUGCAGUCGCCAUAGCCAACAAAAUGGAUCUGACGUGGUGCGGCUUGUUCCCAGUGAAUGCGAUGGCCUAUUGCGCCCGCAAUCCGACGCUCACCAAAAUCCUGGGCCAGUUCAUGACCGAGAAGACGUUGAACAAAAUUCGCGAGGGAAAACUAUAAGAUCAUUCGCUUCUCAUUUUGAUAAUUUUAUACAUUAGUACAUUUUGUAACAAUACUCUACUUAUAGAUAAACAAAUGUACAUAAGAUAAAGCAAUUAAUGCGGCUGCAGCCUAAUUCUUGGCCAGCGCCGCUUUUAUAUGCUCCGG